AUGAUUCGCCCUCCGUGGCUGAGGCGGCACCGGGUGUGGAUGGUCACGGACGAGCACCCCGGCGCAGGCGUUCCUCGGCCAACUCACCUCUGCCGGGCGCCUACACCAGCGGCCCGCUCAGCGCCAGUCAUCCGUGUUGACGUUAACCUGGAAGAAUCGCAAGCCAUCAUGAGGCUUUCGGGCACUGUCGCACUGCUCGGUGCAUCGCUGCACGGGGUUGCUGCAUGGGGAAGUCUGGGUCACAUUGCGACUGCGUAUCUAGCCAGCCACUUUGUCGCCAACACAACCGAAGUCUUCUUCCAGGACCUGCUGCGUAAUGAUUCCGAGCACUACCUUGCCGGCGUCGCCACUUGGGCUGAUACGAUCCGGUACACGCGCUGGGGACACUUCACCGGGCCCUUCCACUUUAUCGACGCCAAAGAUAGUCCGCCCGACUAUUGCGGCGUCGACCUCGAGCGGGAUUGCAAAGACCAAGGCUGCGUUGUGACGGCACUCGCAAACUACACCGCCCGGUCUCUGGAUCCCAAGCUGAGCGGGUGGGAACGCAACCAGGCGGCGAGGUUCGUCGUGCACUUCAUCGGUGACAUGCACCAGCCUCUCCACAACGAAGAUGUGGCCCGGGGAGGCAACGGCAUCCACGUUAAGUGGCAGGGUUCCGAUUACAACCUCCACCACGUCUGGGACAGCUCCAUUGCCGAAAAGCUGAUAGGAGGCUCUCGUCGGAGGCCCUACGACAACGCGAAGAAAUGGGCGGAUGAGCUUGCUGACGAGGUCAAGACUGGAAAGUUUGCUGCGCAAAAGGCAGAGUGGCUGAAGAGUCUGGACUUCAACAACGUCAACGCUACCGGCCUAGAGUGGGCGAGAGAGGGAAACGCUUUCGUUUGCACCCAUGUAUUCCCAGAGGGGCCGCGAGCUAUUGUCGGCCAAGAACUUAGCGGCGAGUACUUCCAAAAGGCGGCACCUGUGAUUGAGCUUCAGGUCGCCCGCGCGGGUGUGAGAAUGGCUGCUUGGCUGGACCUCAUCGCCGCGGCAUACCAAGACCUGGCGAAGACGGCCGAACCUGUCAUGGAAGACUUGUAA